ACGUGUUUGAGGACUGCAGCUGUGAUUCAGCGCAGAGUUGCUGAGCUGUCACCAACAGUCGGUCCGCUGCUGAACUCUGUGUUAACGGAGAGAGUCUCCGGUCCUCACGGUGCGGAUCCAGCUGAGCCGCCUCCCGCUGAGCAUCACGCUUCUCGUCAUCAUGGCAGCCAAAACCAAAUGGGGGACAGUAAAGGACCGGGUGACAGGAAGUCCCGCCCACGACCCUGAUGCCACGCUGGAGGCGAAUCUGGAGAACGCUGACCCCGAACUCUGCAUCAGACUGCUGCAGGUUCCCACAGUGGUGAACUACUCUGGUUUGCGGCGGCGGUUGGAGGCAUGCGAUCAGGCCUGGAUGGUGCAGUUCCUGGAGCUGCGGGGUCUGGACCUGUUGAUGGAGGCUUUGGAACGUCUGUCCGGUCGUGGUUGCUCUCGCAUCGCUGACGCUCUGCUGCAGCUGACGUGCGUUGCCUGCAUCCGAGCCGUCAUGAACUCAUCAGAAGGACUGCACUUCAUCCUGGACAACCAGGGCUACGUCAGGACCCUGACCCAGGCUCUGGACACGUCUAACGUCAUGGUGAAGAUGCAGGUGUUUGAGCUGCUGGCGGCCCUCGCUCUGUUUGACCCUCAGGGACACCACCUGGCCCUGGACGCCCUCGACCACUACAAGAGUCUGAAGAAGCAGCAGUAUCGCUUCAGUGUGAUCAUGAACGAGCUGCACGGCACCGAUAACGUCCCGUACAUGGUGACGCUGAUGAGCGUCGUCAAUGUCCUCUUGUUGGGACAAGAGGACCUGAGGAGGAGGGACCGCCUGCGACAGGAGUUCAUCGGCCUGCAGCUGCUGGACGUCCUGCCCAGACUGAGGGAGACGGAGGACGAGGACCUGAACAUCCAAUGUGAUGCGUUCGAGGACUCUCUGACGAUGGACGAGGAGGAGAUGGAGAGACUGUACGGAGGCAUCGACAUGAGCAGCCACCAGCAGGUCUUCACCUCGCUCUUUACCAAGAUGUCCAGCAGUCCGUCCUCUGUCCAGCUGCUGUCCAUCCUCCAGGCCUUGCUGUUGGUGGAUCCGGACAGAGCUGAGGUGUGGUUAGCUCUGGAGCUGCUGGCUGACCGCGCCACGCUGCUGUCCCAGGACUCCGACUUAGAUUCUGCUGACAGUCUGCUGGAGAGGCUCCUCCCCCGGAAGGUCUUCUCAGCCAAUCAGAAGAUCCGAACCAUCGACAGGGCAGUUCAGACUCAACUACCAGACAGUCCCUCUGCUGCCCCAGGUGCUCCUUCUGUCCCCUCACCUGGAGUGGAGGCUCCUCCCUCCUUACUUGGUACAGGAGCUCCUCCCCCUCCUCCUCCUCCUCCCCCUCCGUUACCUGGUAUGGGAGCUCCUCCCCCUCCUCCUCCUCCUCCUCCUCCUCCUCCUCCUCCCUUACCUGGUACGGGAGCUCCUCCCCCUCCUCCUCCUCCACCCUUACCUGGUAUGGGAGCUCCUCCCCCUCCUCCACCCUUACCUGGUAUGGGAGCCCCUCCCCCUCCCCCAGGUGACUUCAUCGUACCCCAGACAGUUCAGACUCUGGGCAGGUCGUUCUACAGCUCCGCCCCCUGCCCCACCCUCCGUAUGAAGAAACUGAACUGGCAGAAACUUCCGUCCAGAGCGCUGACAGCUCAUCAGUCCUUGUGGACAUCAGCGUCUAUAGAGUCGGUGGAACCGGAUUACUGCAGCAUCGAGCAGCUCUUCAGUCUCCCUCCGACUGAGACCAAGACCAGAACCAAAGCCAAGACUGAGCCCAAAGAGAUUUCCUUCAUCGAUGCCAAGAAAAGUCUGAACCUCAACAUCUUCCUGAAGCAGUUCAAAUGCUCUCAUGAGGACUUUGUGUCUCUGAUCCGGAGAGGAGACCGGUCCAGGUUUGAUGUGGAGGUCCUGAAACAGCUGAUCAAACUGCUGCCGGAGAAACACGAGAUAGAAAACCUCAGGUCUCAUCAGGCCGACAGAGACAAGUUCUCCUCAGCGGAUCAGUUUUACCUGCAGCUGCUGGAAGUCCCCAGUUACUCUCUGAGGGUUGAGUGUAUGUUGCUGUGUGAGGAGAGCAGCUGUCUGCUGGAGAAUCUGAAGCCCAAAGCUGAGCUGCUGGACCGAGCCUGUCAAAGUGUGAGGGAGAGCACUCGUCUGCCCAGCUUCUGUAAACUCAUCCUGAGCGUCGGAAACUUUCUCAACUAUGGGACUCACACGGGGAACGCCGAAGGUUUUAAAAUCAGCACUUUGCUCAAACUGACAGAAACCAAAGCCAACAAGUCCAGAAUCACGCUGCUGCACCACAUCCUGGAGGAGGCGGAGCAGAACCAUCCCGACCUGUUGAACCUGCCCGAUGACCUGGAGAUCUGUGAAAAGGCUGCUGGGUUGAGUCUGGAGUCGAUUCAGUCUGAGAGCAACAAUCUGAUCAAACAGCUGAAAAACUCUGAGAAGAAAGUUUCGUGUUCAUCUGACGACGUGAAGGAGCAGUUCCUGUCUGUCAUACAGGAGAGCCUGCAGAUGUGUGAGCAGCUGCAGCAGCUGUUGUCCUCAGUGGAAGACAAGAGGACGGACCUGGCCGUCUACCUGUGUGAAGACAGCAGCAGCUUCUCCAUCGACGAACUCCUCAGCACCAUCAAGACCUUCAGAGGCCUGUUCCUCAGAGCCAUCAAGGAGAACGAGACUCGCAGGCAGCAGGAGAAGAGGAGGAAGCAGCAGGAGGAGGACAGGAAACAAAAAGGAGACACAAACAAGAUCAUCAGGAAGGACGUGUCCAACCAGGACGAAGGCUGCAUCAUCGACAACCUGCUGGCUGAGAUCAGGAAGGGCUACAACCUGAAGAAGACCAGACCUCGAGCUGAGAGGGGCAGCAGAGUCCACGAUCAUCCUGUGGGCCUACUGAGGUCAGCAGCUGUGGACGAGUCCGACAUGACUGUUUCCAGCCAAUCAGAGAAGCCUGCAGAACCAACAGAGACAGUCCAGACCCCCUCAGAUCCACCAGCUACAUCAAGACCAGAACCAGGGUCAGCUGAGACUGACAGAAGCCCUUCAGAGAACCAGAACCCCUCUGAACCAUCCACCUCUGCUGCUGCUGCUGCUGCUGCUGACACCGAGCAGGACCCGAUCAGAACCAGACUCCAGGACUCUGAGGUGAACUCCUGUGGUCCUGACCCCAAGACCAGGGACAGGAGUCCUGCAGGAGAGAAGGAGGUCCAGCUCAGACCGGAGGAGUCCGCAGAACACAAAGAGGAGUCUGACUUUGAGGAGGUCACAUCAUCAGAGGUGAGAAGAACCAGCGAUGAUCCAGAACCAGCAAAGAAGUCCAGGACCAGUUCAGCAGGAGGAGCCGCAGCCAAACACCAGAAGAAGAAAGGCUGCGUGACGCACUGAGGUGACAGAGAGCCUGACAGGACGAACUGAGGGCACGCUGACAUCACUGAGGGUCGUCUUCUUCUGUGGUUCCUCCUCCAGGUGAACAGAGAGGGACUCGUCUCCAUGGCGACAGGACUGAAUCUGUCAGAAACACAGAACAAAACCUGGUCACAUGUGUGUGUGUGUGUGUGUGUGUGUGUGUGUGUGUGUGUGUGUGUGUGUGUGUGUGUGUGUGUCUGUGUGUGUGUGUGUGUGUGUGUGUCAGUCUGAUGUGAUUUUAUCAGUAAACUCUGAUCAAUCAGUUACUAAUCAAUUAAUGGUUGUGAUUAUCUGUUGUUUUUGUGUUUGAUUAUAAAUUGAUCAUUUAUUGGUUUUUACAUCGAUUGUUGAUCAAUAAUAAAAACAAUCUGAUUGUAGACCUCGA